CGCCGCCUUGGGACAAAUCCACAAUCCGAACACAAGGAUGGAGCGGGACUUGGCCGGCGCCGGGACGCCCGAGGACGUGCUCGAUGUGCUUUGCGCUAUGGACGUCGCCUCGCUCACGCGGGACGAGCUGCCGACGGCGCUCGCGACCGUCGAGGCCCAUGCGGCGCGGUACCCGUACUUGUAUGCGACGGCGGCGCACCAGGAGAUCUUGGCGCAGCUUCGGUCGAUGGCGGCGGCGCAGGAUCGCCACGCGCGGACCAGCCGCGCCCGCGAGAGCGAGACGUCAACAAGCGCCUUUGUUCGGCUGUCAUCGCUGCCGGGGCGGUCGGCGUCGCAGCGGUCGUCGUCGCGCCUGCUUCAGCGCGUGUCGUCGUCCAUGUCGGCGUCGAGCUCGCUCAUCCUCGGCAACACCAACAACAACUCGAUCAACACGAGCAUGAGUGGCCGCGGCGUCGGCGACGAGCGCAACUCGCUGAGUUUUCUGCGGUCGAUGAGCACCAUGCUUGGGCUCGGCAUGGCAGAGACGAGCUACUGCCAGAUCUGCCUCGAGUACGUCGACAUCGCCUCAACAGUCGCGCUCUCGGUGUGCGGGCAUCGCUUCUGCGCCGACUGCAUCCACGGGUACCUCGCCAACAAGAUCGCGGACGGGCUCAUUGCGCCCAAGUGCUUCUUCGCCGACAGCGACGGCCAUCCGUGCGAAGCGGUCAUUCCGCCGAGCGACGUCCAGGCGCUCGUGUCGACAGAGGUAUUUGAAAAGUACGAGAAGUUUAAGUUCAUCAAGGCCCACGCCGACGCGCGCGAGUGCCCGCACUGCCAUUUGCUGCAGGUCGGGAAUGGCCCGGACGACCCGCAUAUGGACUGCAUGCAGUGCGGCGAGUCGUUUUGUUAUACCCACUCGAACGCGCAUCCGAACUCGACGUGCCUCGCGUACGAGGCCAAGAUGCGCGCCGAAGACAAGGUGAACCAGGCCAAGAUCAGCCAAAUCUCCAAGCCGUGCCCAGGCUGCAAGAGUCCCGUCGAAAAAAACGGCGGCUGCAACCAAAUGAAGUGCGUCACGUGCGGUGUGCACUUUUGCUGGCUUUGUGGCGAAAAGGUCGACGACGGCGUCUUUCCCGAACAUUUUCAGUGGUGGAACUUGCGGGGCUGCGCGGGUGCCCAAAUGUCCGAGACCGCGGUCGAAGGCCCGAGCACGGUCUCCAAAAUGCUCUCAUUUUCGUGGCGCAUCUUGCUCUGCCUCCUCUUUGGUCCCCCGGCGCUCGCUCUCACGCUGGCCUUCAGCAUUCUCAGCUGCUGCUGCAUUCCGUGCUGUCUGCGCGGCAGAGCUUUUGCCCGGUCGGCGUUUGCGAGCUGCUUUUGCGUCUCGGGGUAUGCGCUCAUGUCGCCCUUCGUCCUCGCAGCGUGUUUACCACUGCUCCCCGUCGGGCUCUGUGUCUGGUGCUUUUGUCCGUCCGCGUGUCAUGACAGUGACGACAAUGCGAUGACCGGACAGGCGAUGACGUCCGGCGAAGACCAGACGCUCGUGGCCAUGCCGGACGAAGAGAACGAGUCGGAUGGCGUCGCACGGUACGGGUCCCAUGGCUCCCCCGACGAGCAACCCCGGGCCAUCUUGGUUGGCCCCGCCGCUGCAGUCUAGCUCGACGCAACAUGUAUAUUGUGUGUACUCGUGUGUUGGAGGCAUUAGUCGUUAGUGUGGACGAUCGAUAGAGCAGAGGUCAGUACAUUAGUCGUU